AGCACCUCCAAGAGCAAAGCCAGCUUCUUCAUGUCACACGACCAGCGCUUCUUCGUAAAGACCCAGACAGGUCACGAAGUGCAGGUGCUGCUCACCCAACUGUGCGGCUACGUGCAGCACCUCGUGCAGUACCCACACUCGCUGCUGGCUAAGUUGCUGGGCAUUUACAGUCUGCAGGUGGCCAACCGGGCAAAGGUGAGUGUGGUGGAGGCGAGGUGGCUCGGCAGUGGGGGCUGCUGGAGGGUGAGGUCCCGCGCUUCCCUCACUGCCCCGUCCUGUCCCCAGAAGUACUUCAUUGUCAUGCAGAGCGUCUUCUAUCCCGUCAACCGCAUCUCUGAGAGAUCCCGGCCCCUUCCCUGGAGCUUGUGGCGUGGAUUCCGAGACAAGAAGAACCGAGUGGGCCUGGUUGAAAUCGAUAACACCAAUGAAUAUCACACCAUCACCAAAAUUAUGCAGCGUGGGCUGUGGGCUGCCUCCCAGGUCUCCAUAGACAACCCGCCCAAGGGACCUGCAACUCUGAAAGAUUUUGCAGAAAUCAGGACUCAGGUUCACAAAGAGGGCUUCCAGCUCGAAAUUUUGGCGGGUCCAGCUUUUGCACGCCUGAGGAAAGGUGUAGGCCUGAAUGAAGAGGACUAUCAGGCUGCUCUGGGUCCCGGUAACCCCUACCUCCAAUUCAUCAGCACGUCGAAAAGCAAAGCCAGCUUUUUCCUUUCACACGACCAACGCUUUUUUUUGAAAACCCAGACAAGGAAGGAAGUGCAGGUGCUGCUCUCCCAGCUGUACAGCUACGUGCAGCACCUCGUGCAGUACCCACACUCACUGCUGGCUAAGUUGCUGGGCAUUUACAGUCUGCGGGUGGCCAACCGGGCAAAGAAGUACUUCAUCGUCAUAGAGAAUAUCUUCUACCCUGUCAGCCGCAUCUCUGAGAGGUAUGACAUCAAGGCGUGUACUUUGAGCCGCUGGGUGGAGCCAGUCCCCGAGGACAGCCCCCUUCUCCUGGUGUUGAAGGACCUCAACUUUGAUGGAAAGACCAUUGACCUGGGACCCCAGCGGAGCUGGUUCCUCCGCCAAAUAAAAGUGGACAUUGAAUUCCUGCGGGGCCACGGAGUGCUGGACUACAGCCUCCUGGUGGGCAUUCAGCCUCUUCACGAAGAUGAAAAGAACCGGUUCAGCUUUGUCCGCACCAUCAGGUCCGUAUAUGGGGGGCCGGAGGGCCAGAACCGCCGGCUGCUGCCCGACGUUCCCAACGCCCUUCAUGUCUUGGACGGUCCGGAAAAACGGUAUUUUCUGGGCUUGGUGGAUGUGACCACUAUCUUUGGGUUUCGAAAACGGAUGGAGCAGCUGUGGAAGACAAUAAGACAUCCAGGCCAGUCUUUCUCCACAGUCAGCCCGGAUCACUAUGCCCGUCGAAUGAUCCAGUGGGUGGAAACCCACACCAAGUGACUAGAACCGGUCUCUAAGCAGCUGGGGACGAAGAUACACAAUUCUCCACCGUCUGCCCAGCUGGCUACACCCGGCCCAUGUAUCAGUGGGUGGAAACCCACACCAAAUGACUCAAACCCAUCCGAGUUGUCGGCUAGACAUUUCCAGCAGAACCAUCCUGCAGUUCCCCCUGUUAGCCACAGGAGGGUAGCAUCCCCUAAUGCUGUAACUACUCAGCUCCUUUCUGUGAUGGGGCAGUGCUGUUUAAAGCAAGGAUUUCCUCUUCCCUUCUGCUCCUCCCCUUAGCGCAUUUACUAUUAAAAAUCUUUUUCUCCUGCUCCUCCCCUUAGCUCAUUUACUAUUAAAAACUGUUCUCUUUCA